UUGUUAGCAUGAUUAGACAUUCAAUAUACUUAUUCAUAUUCAUAUAUUUUUUUAAAGCUAUGCGAAGCUCAUGUUUAGAUACUUGAUACUGACAUGUGCACCAAAAAUCCAAAAUGAACACAAUUAUUAAUCGAUGAUACUUUGAUCAAUAAUUUCUCUGGUCUCGGUCAUGGACUGGUUUUGCUAUAUUCUAUUUUUCGAAAAACAAAUCAUCCCAAAAUUUUAGCUGAGCCCCACUGCACUUUUAUCCUGAAUCUUCGUCAAUUAUUUUUUAAAAUAUUUAUUGCAUUUAUGACUGCCUUGCCGGCCAUCGCCCCACUCCCCAUGGCAUGGAUGGAGUCUAGGGCAAAGUUAGGUGAUUAUUUGGCAGUGCAAAAUUAGUAUGCUCGUCUGACUUGGCUACCAUUUGUGCAUUACUUUCUUGACAACAUAUUUGGACUUUGCAUGAAUAGAGAUGUGAUGGUCAAAGUAAUAGUUGUGGAGAAAUAGAGUUGCAUUUUAGGAUGAUGGUUAAAAUUGGAGCUAUGAUUAAUUGUGGGCUUAAGAAUUGAGAUCUACAAAAUGCAUUGUUCAUUUUAAAGUCAUGUUCUGCUACCUAUACGUUAGCUCGAUUUGUCCAUGGAAAUAUUUUGCUCAAGAGACACCAAAGAAUAUGCCAGGAAUGUUAUGUUGUUGAUUUUUGGGUUCACUGAACCACGAGCUAGGUGGGAGGAGAGCAAGGCAUAUUAUUCCGCUGGCUUAUUUUUCGGUUCACUGAAGCAGGAGGGAUCGUAGAUGUUCUUAUCCCCUUAGCGGGAGAGGUUAGAAAAAAGCAAAUCAUAACUUUUUAACUAUACGUGCGUUGCACGUGCAUGUUUACUAGUAUUUACUAAUUGGAGACAGAACCACUAUUAAUACAAACUUGUCACCCUUCACAAUGUCGUUAGUGAAACCACCAAAAAAAUUGUUUAUGUUUGCGUGUUUAUUGAAGGCACCAGUCUUCGUCAUCAACACGAACUCGUCACCCCUUCACCAUGUCGCGAGCAAAGCCGCCAAUUUUGGUUAUCAGCACAGUCCAAAUCUGACGCACCACACUGUCGAGGAUCAAGGAAUCAUAUCUUGGACUGUAUCACUGGAUUUGCACUCAUUAGUUGCCACACAGUCGAAGAAUGCCAUGCCACCUCGAGUCUGUCGACACCGCUGCACAAUCAUCUCCAUCGCAAAGAGACAAGAUCAUGAAAGCCGACAACAUCGAGUAAGGCGAGGGAGGAGAAAUCCCACCGUGACACAGUGGAUGUUGCUCCCCAAGGCAGAGAGAGAGAGAGAGAGAGAGAGAGAGAGAGAGAGAGAGAGAGAGAGAGAGAGAGAGAGAGAGAUGGGCGUAGAGGGAUGGCCAUGAGAAUCCUCUGUAGUCUUCAGGGAGGCGGCUGGCUACUCUGACUGAAACUGACGGAGUCGUGAUCUCUAUUGGAAGCCUAGGAAUAGAAAGUGGCUAAAAGUUAUGAAUUUGUCUCGUUGUACCUUGGGCAUUUGCGUCUGUACCAAGGUUUUGGUUACUGAAUGGGGUUAUUUUUUCUGAGGGGGGCGGGGGUGCGGUAAAUGUGGUUACCAUGGUUAAAUUUUCAGCAAAUUUUGAACGAAAUUUAUAAUUCAGUUUUGAAUUCAAAUUCUUUCAAAAUAGAUAUAGAUAGCACAUGAACUUAUAUUUAUGAUAACAGAGCUACUAGCUCAGUACAACGUUGUCUACACGAGUGAUGUGAGGUGCUGACAUACUUUACUAUACAUUGAGAUUGAGCGUUUGCAAUCAACAAAUUCAAAAAAUUCAUUUUCUUUUUGCUCGAAAUGAUCAUUUAUCGAGGGGAGCCGAAAUACGUGGUAACCAUGGUAAAUCUUGAAAUUUCGAACGGUAACUAAAACCCUGGUCUGUACUGUGUUUAAAGAAAAAAAAAGCAGCGCAAUCGUACCGAGGAGGGUCCUGAGAUUACUUGUAUGGAAAGGCUGGAUAUAGCCAGCUGUCGCUGAAUGAGUGCCAACAAAGCAGGAUUGGAUUGGAUUAAGCGGACACCAUCAAAGGCGGCACAGCCGGACGUGAGUGGAUAACAGAACAGGACAGACGGGGAACGGAUGCAACGCACGCACGCACUCACGGUGCCAGCAGGCAGCCAGGCUCCAUCUAUCUAUCACCGCCAGCCUGUCUCUCGCUCUAUCGCUCUCUCUCUCGGCGUACGUCAGGUAUAUAGACGUCAGAACUCUGAAAGCUCCCUCCCUCGGAUCAUCUCUCUCACCGCUUCAGUCCUUGUCUCUCAAGCGCUCCGCCUUGUACCUCUCGCCGCCGGCGUCUUCCGUCGUACCAUGCAGAGCUUCUUUGGUCGCGCCAGCAGGAACCAAAGGACAUUCCGGCCCAAGAAGAGUGCUUCAGCGGGGAACAACGGCAUGAAGCUGAAGAGGCACAUCGACGCCACCAUCGGCAGCGGUAAUCUGCGAGAGGUGGUCCGCCUGCCAGUCGGAGAGGAUCUCAACGAGUGGCUCGCUGUCAACACUGUCGACUUUUUCAACCAAGUGAACAUCCUGUACGGCACCCUCAUGGAGUUCUGCACGCCAGCUACUUGCCCCACCAUGUCAGCCGGUCCAAAGUAUGAGUACAGGUGGGCCGAUGGAGUCAAGAUCAAGAGGCCCAUUGAAGUGUCCGCACCAAAGUAUGUCGAGUAUCUGAUGGAUUGGAUCGAAGCCCAGCUCGACGAAGAAUCCAUCUUCCCUCAAAAGCUUGGAGCUCCCUUCCCUCCAAACUUCCGGGACGUCAUCAAGACGAUCUUCAAGCGGCUGUUCAGGGUGUAUGCGCACAUAUACCACUCUCAUUUCCAGAUGAUUCUCAAGCUCCAGGAAGAAGCACAUCUCAACACCUGCUUCAAGCACUUCAUGCUCUUCACAUGGGAAUUUCAGUUAAUCGAUAGGGCAGAGCUAGCUCCUCUCAGGGAGCUGAUCGAGCCCAUAUUAGUUGGACACUAGCCGAGAAGACAAUUGGAGCUUUGUUUCAAGAACUGAUGAGGCAAAAGUGCAGAGACAUCAUAUUUUGUUGCUUUUUAAGUUAGUUAGUUUCCCCAGCCUGUGCAUGCGUGUUUCUGUUUUUGUGAUGAUGUUAGACUUGGACACGGACUACCUUCAUCUACAUUUUAGAGAUAGGUUAGCUAAUGCUAGUGUAUGUACUCACACUCUCCCAAGGAGGUGUUGAUUGCAUCAUGGCAAUUUGUUCAUUUCGGCGGAUUGUCAUUUGAUUCGGGGAAUUUCUUU